AUGGAGAUGAUGGCGCUGUUGUUUCUGUUCGUUGCAAUGUUUCUGAUGUGCUUCGGGAUCGGCGUGGUGUUCAUGGUGUACAUGUGCAUUCUGUGGUCGUCGAUGCUGCAGAACGGGGAGGGGGAGAAGGGCGGGAAGGGGUUGUCGACGGCGGAACUGGAGCGCCUCGGCGGGGCGGCGGACGGCGGUGCGGUGGCCGGCCAGGAGUGCGCGGUGUGCCUGGAGGACAUCGAGGCAGGGCAGGCGGCCCGGGUGCUGCCCGAUUGCCGCCACGCCUUCCACCGGCCCUGCGCCGACCGCUGGCUCUCGGCCCACCCGGACUGCCCCCUCUGCCGCGCUUACCUCCACCCUCCUCCUCCUCCGCCUUCGGUCCCCCUACAGGUGGUCUUGUCUUCUUGA